AAGAAAAUAUGAUUACUUGCAAGGCAGCUGUCGCUGAAGAGGCUAAAAAAGAAUUAGUGGUAAAGGAAGUCACAGUAGGACCUCCCCAAGCUGGAGAAGUCAGAGUCAAGAUCCUUUACACUGGAGUUUGCCAUACUGAUGAGUACACUAGAUCAGGACUAGACCCUGAAGGACUUUUCCCAAGUAUCCUUGGUCAUGAAGGAGCUGGGAUUGUAGAAAGUAUUGGUGAAGGAGUCACUUCUUUGGAAGUAGGAGAUCAUGUAGUCCCUUUAUACAUUCCUCAAUGCAGAGACUGUGAGUUCUGAAAUUCAUCAAAAACAAACCUCUGUGGAAAGAUUAGAUCUACCCAAGGAAUUGGAGUGAUGCCUGAUGGAACUCCAAGGUUUAAAGAUAAGGACGGAAACGAGCUCUAUCAUUUUAUGGGAACUAGUACCUUCUGCCAGUACACAGUCUGUCCAGAGAUCAGCUUAGCAAAAGUCAACAAAGAAGCUCCAUUAGAUAAGAUCUGCCUUCUAGGAUGCGGAAUUACAACUGGAUAUGGAGCAGUUAUAAACACCCUAAAGAUAGAGGAAGGAUCAACAGUUGCUGUUAUUGGUCUUGGAGGAGUUGGACUCGCUGCUAUUAUGGGAGCUCAUAAGAGCAAGGCAAGCAAAAUCAUUGCUGUCGAUAUUAACCCAGGAAAAUUUGAAAGAGCCAUCUUGUUUGGAGCCACAGAUACUCUAAAUCCUCUUGAACAAAAAGGAAAGGAGAUGAGUGAGCUCAUAUUUGAAAUGACUGACGGUGUUGGAGUUGACUAUUCAAUCGAAUGUGUUGGAACCCCACACUUGAUGAAACAAUCUUUCCUUUCUACUAAACCUAACGGAGGAGCAAGCUGCGUCAUUGGUGUUGCUGCAGCAGGCCAAACUAUCGAUCUUAGCUCUGAAGAAGUUAUGGGAAGAGAAUGGACUGGAUCCGCUUUCGGAGGAACUAAGAGCAGAGACCAGGUUCCUGAGCUUGUAGAUGAUUACAUGAAGGGAGACAUCAAAGUAGAUGAAUUCAUCACUCAUAAUUUCCCAUUAGAUGACAUUAACGAUGCUUUCCAUGCAAUGCAUGAAGGUAAAUGUAUCAGAGCCAUAGUUAAAAUGUUUGAUGAUGAAUAA